UUGUGGGGUUUACGCUUACAGGUGUUUACGCUUCAUAUGGAACAGAUGCGCGUGUGACUUGUGGGGUUUACGCUUACAGGUGUUUAUGUUUCAUAUCGAACAGAUUCACGUGUGAUAUAGUGUUACAGGUGGUAAAAUAGAAUGUAUUUUACAAUUUUUUGUGUAUAUUAAGUUUUGAUGUUUUUAGUACAGCACAUGUUAGUAAGCACCUUUAAACCCCCACUUUAAGAUUUUACAUUUCUUCUGUCAGUUUCUUUAAGCUGUUGUUACUUUAAUAAUAGUGAGUACAUUUAACUGAGUUUCAUUGUGUCUUGGUCAUGUGAUGUAUUUGUUGGUAGAUACAUUCAGUUGUUAACCAUCUUUGUUUCAAAGAGGAGCUCUAACAAAGUAGUGUCUAAGUUUAGUUUUUGGAGAUUAAUUUCUGUAAAGUUUUUGUAAAGAAUUGCAGUUAUUUACCAGGUUGUUAGAUUGAUUACAUUUAGCUAAUCUAAGUAUUUAAAACCACACAUCGGGGUUUUUAUUACUUGCCUGGUUUAUGCUAUAAUAAAGAUUUGAACCCGUUCUGGAUUGUUUGUUUCAACGACCCCCAGACCCCUCUACAACAAUAGUGUUUAUAAACUUGUAGUGUUUACGCAUCAAAUCGAACAGAUUCACGUGUAAUAUACCAUACUGUUUAAUUAUCCGUAUACAUUUGUAAAUUAAAUACCGGACCGGUGUAACUAUGGUAAUCAAGAUAUGGUACUUUCUACUCGUGUAUAUUUCGGUGUGGAAUGAUGUUGAAGGCGGAUACCAAUCCUGUAAAAGACAAAUUGUUCCAAAUGUAAACGUUUGUAGCAGUAAAUCCCUGAGCGGAAGUACAGUGUAUUUAUCUAGUACUAUCGUUGAAAAUAAUGGACUUGAUGGAAACGCUCCAGGUUGUAGAUGUACUCUACAUUCAACAGGCCAACAACAACAGACUAUAACUAUGGCGAUAUCACCAGUAAAUGAGCACCCUUAUGGAUGUCAAUUUCAACUUGAUCUUGAACAUAAAAACAAAACUGGGGAAUUUUCCUGUGGUAUAUAUGGUCACGAUACCUAUAAUAUAGUCCCAGGAGAUGUUAUAAACAUGGAGUUGCAACCAGGUGUAAAACGAAAGGGACAAGGUGGAUUUGCUUUUUGUUUAAAGAUCAGCACUACGCAUGAUUCUGGAGUUACACUAGCAUGCAACGACGCUAUAACAACUGAUAGGCCUGCCAGUACAUCUUCCACCAGUGAGCUUCCUACCACUACACCAACAUCUUCCACCAGUGAAGUUCCUAGCACUGCAAUUACAUCAACAUCUUCCACCAGUGAGAUUCCUACCACUACACCAACAAGAAAUACAUCAACAUCUUCCACCAGUGAGCUUCCUUCCACUAUAAACCCAUCAACAUCUUCCACCAAUGAGCUUCCUACCACUAGAAAGCUAUAUGGUAUAGUAGGUGGAAGUGUUACUGGGGUGGUUAUUAUAGUAAUAAUUAUUACACUAGUCUGCUUUAUCAGGAAAAGAAAGAUAAAGAAUCGUGAGAAAGAAACCGUGAAUAUUACCAACACUAGCCAUUCACAACCUGGUCAUACGGAUGAUGUACAACAGUAUGAAACGCUUAAUAACCCGCAGGCUGACAACGAAUCGGAAUACGUAGAACUCAAUAAUAUUACCAAUACUAACAAUUUACAAACAACGAGUCAUACGGAUGCUGUACAGCAAUAUGAAACUGUUAAUUAUCCACAGGCUGACAAGGAAUCGGUAUACACAGAACUAAACAAUAUAUAUUACAAUAUAUCUUAAUAUAUUACGAAAAGGGAGGGAAAUAAUCUGAAUUCAUAUUUGUUCGUUAACCCGGACAGGAAGGAAUUCUACUUGAACUUAAAGUAGCUAAGUCUCUAAGUCAAUAUCAUCCAAAAUCUUCUACAUUGAAAACACGAUUUAUUUGUCGGUUUAAAUCAACAUUGAUGUUGUGAUCUUAACGGGAAAAGAUGGCCUUCUGAUAUCCAAUAUUUAUAGACAAAAUAAACAUUCUACAAUUGGUACACGAAUCGUGUUCCAUAAUGCGUUUCAGUGCUGUUUGUAAUAAGGGACUCGAAAAACGAAGCUAGGCAUAUUCCACAAUAAAUACUAUCGGCGUAGACUGGAAUAACCAGACGCUAGAGAUUGAAAUUCGAUUGAGAAUACUGGCGUAUUUCGCCGAACCUAACUGAUUAGAAAUUACAGCAAAAACAGAAACGAUUCAAUAUAAAUCAAUUUAUAUACAUUCAUAUUACAUUAUUGUAUGCGUUGCGACCCAUUUGUGUCAAUUUCUAGGUCCCAAAUAUUAGCGACUUGGCUCCUUUAAUUUACCAAUCCCUAGACAGUGGAGGACGUAGAUACUUUCUACAUUAAAAUUUCCUUUACUGAAGUGCCCACAGGCACGUGAAGGGAUUAAACUUGAACUUAAACUACCAAGCCCCUGGACGUGGGAUAUUGAAACUUUCUAUAUUAAAAUGUCCUUUACUAAAGUGCCCUAUAUUAAAGUGUUCCACGUUAACGUUACUGACAUUAAAGUUUGUUAUAUUAAAGUUUGUUAUAUUAAAGUUUGCUACAUUAAAGUUUUCUAUAUCAAAGUGGCCUAUAUUAAAGCUUGCUGUAUUAAAGUUGUUUCUGUAUUAAAAUUGGAUAUAUUAAAGUUGCUUAUAUUAAAGUUUGCUAUAUUAAAGUUGCUUAUAUUAAAGUUUGCUAUAUUAAAAUUUUCUAUAUUAGAGUUAUUGAAUUUUGCUAUAUUAAAGUUUGCCACAUUAACGUUUGCCAUAUUUAAGUUUCCUAUAUCAAAGUGGCCUAUAUUAAUGUUGACUAUAUUAAAGAUUUAUGUAUUAAAGUUCGCCAUAUUGCGUUUUGUUAUAUUAACGUUUGCUACAUUUGCUAUAUUAAAGUUAUAUAUUACCUUAAUUAAAGUUGAUUAUAUCAAGAUUUUCUAAAACACCGUUUGCCCCAUUAACGAUUAGACUUUAUUUUGCUACCUAACUUAAAGGGACAAUAACACUCUUGCUGGCUUGAAAGCUCCAGAAAAUAAAUAAUAUCUCUAUCUAAGUACUAGAUGUGUUAGUGUCCCACCUGUUGUGUAAAUUAUCCAUUAAAUCCUAUUUUACUUGUCCAGAGGGUUCGAAAAUAUUUUUAAAUCGCAGUUUCAUUUGAAAAGGUUUACGUUAGACGUUUCAAACCAUUAUGUUGAAUUUUUCAAAAAUUUUAAAUAAGGUGUGUUAAGAUGAAAUUUGUAUCAUCAAUUAAUUGGAAUAUUGUAAAAUAGUGGAAUUUGUUGACUAGAAUAAAGAUUGGGACAUAUUAUUCAGUUACAACAAGAGUGGUAUUGAGCCUUUAACAGUUUAUUCCCGAUUAAGCUAUGAAUUUUGAGACAGCUUCAUGAUUCUCAUAUGACGUAUUCCGAGGGUAAAAGCGUACAUUUUGCAAGGUAUAUUGAAGUUUGACAUCUUCCAUUAAAAUUCUUACUGGAAUUCGUUUUUCUUCCAACUUAUUGCACACAGUGAUGACAUGAUUAACGGUUAUCAUCUUCCAUUACAGGAAGAUG